AUGAAAAUGAUGAGUUUAGGAAAUGAAGAUUCCGGCAUCUCAGCUGAAGAUGCCUCUUCAGUCAAUGUGUCAGGCAUGCACAACCACCUCAAGAGCGAAGACUCUUUGCACCAACAACACCAACACCACCACCCCCACCCCCAACAGCAACAGCAGCAACAACAACAAUACCAGCCCUCUUCAACCCCUGGGAUAAACUCAACCUCAAACCGCCAUACUCCAAUUGGCCACCAACAAACUCAACACUCAAACAAUUCUCAAUCGAGUUUGUACGACACCAAUGGGUUGAAUGCCGCAUCUGCUGCUCAUCAAGUUAAUGGUGCUCACUUGCAACCUCUUCACCAUCAACAACAAGGGCAAACACCACAACAACAACAACAACAACAACAACAAGCGCAAACACCUCAACAACAGCACCUCCACCAAAUGCACACUCUUCCUCAACAACAACAACAACAACAACCACUCUCACACCACUAUGGAAUAGCCACUCAACAACAUCAACCACCAGCACCUUCCUCCUCCUCUACAUCAUCACACCAACAACACUUGUCUCACUCUCAGCUGCACACUCCUCAACCAUACCAACAAGUCACUACAUCUACUGCUCAUCCCUUAGCUCACUAUGGUGCUGGUCAAAACCCACAACAGCAACAACCGCAACAGCAACAACAACAACAACAAUAUCACCAACAAUUGCACCACCAAUUGUUGACGCCGAACCCAUAUCAGCAACAACAACAACCGCACUACACACAACAGCAUCAACACAUGCUUCCACACUUGUCUGGCGCUGCUUCCACUACUGGCCACGAUACUCACGACCAGUUGAACCUUCAGUUUAAUCCAAUGGCCUACCAACAACAAUCGCAACAACAACAAUUGCACCACUUGGGCCAUCAGAUCCAAGGUGGCCAACAUUUAGGUGGCGUUCCAGGUGUUCCAGGUGUUCCAGGCGUUCCAGGCGUUGCCGGUGUAGCGGGUGUAGCGGGUGUCGGUGGAGUAGGUAUUGGCAGUGGUGUUGCUAACCCUGUGACUGCUCCAAUUCCCUCACUGCUCAACCACUUUGGCCACAACCAAAUAUCCCAAUCGUUGCACCAUACCCCACAAUCUACUCCUCAGCCAACUGCACAAGUUCCACAAGCUGUUAGGGGCAAGCAACCUCGCCAGACAAAGAAGCAAAAAGAACUUCAACAAAAGCAACAACAACACCAGCAACAACAGCAACAACAACAACAACCACAAAAUGUGAUGGAUGCUCACGCGCUUGCCCAGCAACACCAUAUGGAAAUGUUGGCACGUGCAAGUCAAAACGAGUUGAUGGAAACUUCAACGAGGAAAGUUGCUCCUAGAUCAAGUGACUUGUUCCGUGUUGGACCUCCUUUCGGUAUGAUGGAGCAACACCAACCAGUGUACUUGAAAUCCAACGAUAUGCCUGUAUUACCGAUGCUUCACGCAAGAAUCGAUCGUGGGUUUGAGAUGGGCGAAACCGGUACUUGGAUAGGAUACAAGAGAAACUACUUUACAUUAGUUGCCUCGUUUAAUUUCCAAAACUUGGACUUUAAUAGAUUCCUUGAAAAUAGGUUCUACACAUAUGACACGUCGAACAAGAAUGGAAUGAAUGGCAACGGCUCAAAGCUUCCAAACCACACGUCUUCUUCUUCUUCUUCAUCAUCAUCAUCAUCGAUGAACCAGCCACAGAACCAUCCUCAUCAUCCACACCACCAGCAUCAUGCUGGUCAAACCAGAUUGGACAUUAGCUAUUUUGCUAUUCGAUUAGUUGCUAAAUGUUCAGAUGAUGAUGUUGCCAUUUCUUUAAUCCAACACACUGCGAAGAGAGAUAAAGGUCCUCAAUUCCCACCACCAAUCUACCCUGCCUUGCCUGGUGACUUGCCCGAUCAUGAUACUGUUCGUGCUAGUUGUAAUAAGCGUAAUGGUGGUAAGAUUGAGCACAUGAAUAAGAUUUUCUUCUUUGACAGAGCUCAAUAUUAUAACGAUUACAAUCUUAACCAGACCAACGACUCAUCAAUAUUGAGAAACUAUCCAAGUGACUCCAUCUCUAAAGUUGCUAGAUUUGAGAGAAUACAAUUCACGAGUUCAAUUAGAGUCAAGAGCACACUGACCUCGGCGAGGUACUUUACUUUGAGCUGUGAACUUUUGGGAAUAGUCGAGGAUGAGGAGUUGCAAAUCCAACCCAUUUUGUUAGGGUCAGUUGAAUCUCCACCAUUGGUUAUUAGAGGUAGAUCACCUUCAAGCUACCACAAGGAUAGAACUUCUGGGUACAGACCACCAACCAGUGCCUCACCUGCUGGUCACCAGUAG